UUUACCCGCGUAGACGGACAAUCGAAUCGAACUACGCAAGAGUGACUGAGCGAGAUAUAUUUUUAAUUUAUUAUUUUAUUAUAUCUUUUUGAAAAGAAAGAUUUUUAAAUUUACAGUUUAAUGAUGGUGUUUAACGGAAAUCUAUCGAUGAGAUUUAAGCCAGCCGAAUUACACCAUUUUAAUUGGUUGUUCGGCGUAGCCCCAUGUUUCCCACUUAGAGCUUCAAAAAUCAACAUAAUUAUAGAUCCUACAAAGUUCUACGAUACUCUGUGUGAAAGAUUUAAAAACGCUAGUCGUAGAAUUUCUGUUGCUAGCUUGUAUAUUGGCACGGGGGAUAUGGAACAAAAGUUGUUGCAUACAACUAAGGAAAAUGUAGUUGUAAAGAAAAUGAAGUUUAGUGUUAUUCUUGACUACCAGCGGGGAACGCGUGGGGAAGUGAAUUCAAAGAGUUUAUUACAAGAGUUUCUAGAUGUAGCCCCUGAACAGUGUAACAUCUCAUUGUACCAAACUCCACGCUUACAUGGAUCUUGGUCAAAAGCUUUGCCAUCACGCUAUAAUGAAUUGGUUGGUCUUCAACAUAUGAAACUGUACAUAGCAGAUGACUCAGUGCUAUUAAGUGGUGCAAACUGUUCCAAUGAUUAUUUCCAGCAGCGCCAGGAUAGAUAUGUUGAGAUAGUGGACCCAGAUCUUGCAAAUUUUUAUUGCGAACUUAUAGAUGCAGUUAGCGUAUAUAGUAAAAAGUGUACAAAAGAUGGCACAAUAUGCAACAGUCAGUAUUCUAAGCAGCAGAUGGUGAAAGAAAUGAAUAAAGUUGUGUCAAACCACAUUGAGAAAUGGACAGCUGCUCAGGAGGUCAAGUUCAGAGCAGAUGGACAUGCCGAUACCUGGAUAUUCCCUCUCAUACAAAUGGGAGAAUUCAACAUCACUCAGGAUGAGCAAGUGACAAAAAGACUGCUUGAGUCAGCGCCACCCAACUCAAAGUUAAAAUUGGCGACAGGAUAUUUUAAUCUAACUGACCAAUAUGCAAAUACUUUGCUGAAGGAUUGUAAAGGAAACAUAAGUCUCUUAAUGGCACAUCCAAAUGCUAAUGGUUUCUUGGGUGCUGCCGGUCCAGCUGGCGGCAUACCACAUGCAUACUCCUUGAUAGCUCGAAAGUUUUGGCAAAGAAUAUUGGAUUCUAAACAAACAGACAGAAUUCAGUUGUUGGAGUAUGAGAGACCUGGCUGGACAUUUCAUGCUAAAGGACUGUGGUACUACCCGGCGGGUAGCGGCGUGCCGUGGGGCACGCUGGUGGGGUCGGCCAACCUCGGCCAGCGCUCCGUGCGCCGCGACCUCGAGGCGCAGGCCGCCAUCUUUACUGUCUCCAGGGACUUACAGGAAAGACUUCACGAAGAAUGUUCUCAGCUCCACAUUUACGCGACGGAGUGUGGCGAGGAGCUGCAGAAUCGGAAAACGCCCCUGUGGGUCCGGGCGACUGUCGGCCUCUUUAGGAGUUACUUUUAAACCCCCUAGCUAACUAAUAGUCAAUCAUGUAGAACUAUGUCACAAUCGGGAGUAAUGACAGCGAAUUCGUCGCUAGAGGUGUUGGUUUUGUGCAGUUGUCAUAGAUGGGUUUACGCUCUGUAUUUAUUUUUCCAAAAAGUCAGUCUAUUUGCUUAAGCGACCAAUGUAGGUUUGCGCUUCAUUUGGGCAACCCAUUUGUGGCUGCUGUAAGUAUAUUGUACGCUUAGACAGAGAAACCUAUAGACUUCGGUUUAUAUUUCGAUUCGUUCAUAAACGAGACUUAGGAAUACACUAGAAACUGGGUAAAACGCUAAUAUAUUUUGUUCCACAUCUGUCACGUCUGCCGCUUUGUAUGAGUCGGGAAGUAUGCAAAUCGUUCUCAUUUGACUACGGUAGUCGUCUUUAGUUUUCUUUUCCUUUGGUUAUGCGCAAGCCCAAAGCCAAUGCGCGAAACGUCAAUAUUUUGUUUUAAAAUCGUAAAAAACACUAACCUUGUUUUGCAACAAGUACGCCCCUAGCCUCGAAUUCGCUGGCAUUUAACGCUUAAAAGUAGUCUCUUAUUCAAAUAACACAGGUUCGUUCAAAGAAUUGCAGUGAGAAAUAAUUUUUUUUUAUGAGUUAUGAACAAUACGAUUCCUUAAUUUAUUAGAAUAUGGCGUUAAUAAUGUUUUUGAGAGGGCAACACGUGUGAGAACAAGACGUAAAUAGCAGCUUCGUUAUUUAUAAUAUGUGGUAGAGUGUGAAUGGUUUUUGCUUGGAUAUAGUGUGUAGUUAUAACAAAUAUAUUGUUGAAUUUUACCGCGUUAAAAUUAAUAAAUUUAUACUUAAGUUAUUAUACUCCCGUUUUUAUUGUAUGGCAUGCAUAUCCUGUAUAAGUUUGGUAUAGGUUUGUGGUGAAUUGACAAAAGCAGGUAUAAUUUUCGAAUCACUUUUAAUCAUAAUCAUUCUUAGUUUUCAUUCAUAUAAUCGCAUAAUUAUUAUUUCGAUUCACACUUAAAAUAAUUUUAAAAUAAAUUAAUGAAAAACACUCUGUAAUAAUUUAUACAAAAAUCAGUCGUGACAUUAUUUGAUUAGAAUUAAAUUAUACAUACAAUCAAAUUUACAAUAAUAGGAAUCAGGCACAUUAUUAAUAUAAUAUCUAUUCUAGUGAGUUCCAGUUAACUGAUUAAAAAAUAAAUCGUGGUCCAGUCGGUACGGACGAGUGUGCAUUUCAACUUAAAAUCAAAUAAUACAAUUUCCAUCAAUCGCACAGAAACCUAAUCACUUUGAGCAUCAUUAACAAUAAAAAAAUAUGUAAUUGCAAUUGAGCACUUUGCACAACAUUACUUACAUUAAUCAUGUUAAAAUCAAUAUUGAGGCAUACUUAAAGUAUUCAUUCUGAGCAAUCAUUUAAUAAAAUUCUAUUAAAUCGGCUCAAAUCAAAUAUAAAAUGAGAGAAAGUUUACCACCAUUCAAGCAUAGAUGACUUUUAUCCUAAUCUUUGGUGUGCUGGGCAUAACUACGCUGCCUUUUGGUCUAAAUGUUAUGUUGCUAGGAUUAUUGUUGUGACGAAUUUUGUAAUAUAUAGAACUAAUACCGAAAUCUUUUCAGUUCACUUUUGUUAUACCGGUUUUGUUCAAACAAGAUUCAUCAACAUUACAUUUAGCCUAAAGUUUACACGGAACAUAUACUGUGUUUGUGUCGCGGUUUCGCCAUCAUUAGACUACGGACGCAGACAGUAGGUACAAAAAUAGUUCACCUAUUAAAUACAAUUAAUACUACUUAACAAUUAAGUAUCGCGAGGAGGCCUCAAACAAACGAAACAGCAUACAUUUAUGCUACAAUACAACAAGGCAAAAUCGAUAAACUUCACAUACUUUGAUGCGAGAUUUACAAUUAUAAAAAAAAAACAAA